AAGAACGUAAGAUUAAGAUUAUUUGUGCAACAAGAUAGAGAUAUGGAGAUGCUCUAAAAGUAAAAAAAAUUACAAAUAUCUUUUAGCUCAACCGACCGACCUCCAUCAAUCAACCUCUCAUGUCCCCCAGAGCUUCUUCACCACCGGCGCUCUAAAUCCCUUUAAUCCCAGUCUCCUGUAACCUAGCCAAUUCCUGAUAGCAAAUCGGAUGCAUGAAUUUUGAUCCUAUUUUAACUAUCUACUCACUAUGGACUUGCUGAAGAAUACACACUGCGUUCCAUCUCCAUUUCGCCCUCCGCCGCUGCUUCCUUAUCAUCGGUGUGCGGUUGCAGUUUCCCUCUCCAGAAAGCCUAAGCAUUUCGGAAAAUGUGCAAGUAUUUUCGCGGCUUCCAACUCUGAUACAAUAGUGAAAUCGAGUAAAUUUGCCGACAAGGAGGAGGAGCUCGGAGAUUUGAAGUCUUGGAUGGAUAGGAACGGACUUCCUUCCUGCAAAGUUAUGCUUAAAGAAAGACCUUCUCACGAUUCGAAGCAUCGUCCUAUUCACUAUGUAGCAGCCAGUGAAGAUCUUCAGGAAGGUGAUGUAGCAUUUUCUGUCCCUACUUCAUUGGUGGUGACCCUCGAGAGAGUAUUGGGAAAUGAAACAAUUGCUGAACUUUUAACCACAAACAAGCUAUCAGAAUUAGCCUGUUUGGCACUAUAUUUAAUGUACGAGAAGAAGCAGGGUAAAAAGUCUUUCUGGUAUCCAUAUAUUAGAGAACUUGACCGUCAGCGAGGUAGGGGGCAGUUAGCUGUUGAAUCACCACUUUUAUGGUCAGAGGUUGAACUAGAUUACCUAACUGGAAGCCCUACAAAGGCUGAGGUUCUGGAGAGAGCUGAAGGAAUCAAGCGAGAGUAUAAUGAACUUGACACUGUCUGGUUCAUGGCUGGUUCUCUAUUUCAGCAAUACCCAUAUGAUAUACCUACAGAGGCUUUCCCAUUCGAGAUUUUCAAACAAGCGUUUGUUGCAGUUCAAUCAUGUGUGGUUCAUUUGCAGAAAGUCAGUUUAGCCAGGAGAUUUGCUUUGGUUCCUUUGGGACCUCCAUUAUUGUCCUAUAGAAGCAACUGCAAAGCGAUGCUAACUGCAGUUGAUGGGCUUGUGCAACUUGUCGUUGAUCGUCCCUAUAAAGUUGGGGAACCUAUUGCUGUCUGGUGUGGGCCGCAACCUAAUUCAAAAUUACUCAUCAACUAUGGUUUUGUUGAUGAAGAUAAUCCCUAUGAUCGCCUGAUGGUUGAGGCUUCUUUGAAUACUGAGGAUCCUCAGUAUCAGGAGAAAAGGUUGGCUGCUCAAAGAAAUGGAAAGCUAUCAGUACAAGUUUUUCAGGUUUCUGUGGGAAAGGAAAGAGAGGCUGUGAUGGAUAUGCUUCCUUAUUUGCGAUUGGGAUAUGUUUCUGAUCCUUCAGAGAUGCAAUCUGUUUUAUCUUCUCAAGGUCCAAUAUGUCCGGUGAGUUCCUGUAUGGAACGUGCUGUUCUUGACCAACUGGCGGAAUAUUUUAUAAAAAGACUUGCUGGUUAUCCUACUACACUUUCUGAGGAUGAGAACAUGCUUGUAGACCGCAACAUUAAUCCAAAACAACAAGUAGCAACGCAACUUGUCAGGCUGGAGAAGAAAAUUUUAAAAGCAUGUUUACAGGCAACGGUAGAUCUGAUUAACCAGUUACCCGAUAACUCUGUAUCCCCAUGUCCUGCACCAUUCUUGAAUCGUCAUACCUGUUUAUGGCUGGUGUCAUGGAUUUGUGAUUUCACUAAUGGCUGUAGAUUGAUGAGGUUGGUGGAUGUCAUGCUCUUGUUCCAGGGAUCAAUACUGGACCUCUCCCAGCACACUUCUUAUCUGAAACAGUACUGAAGUUUGCAGUGUCCCUUUUUGCAUUACGUUGUUAUUUGAGGAUAUGGAUACAGAACACUCCCUGGUUUUAGUUUACUUUGUGAUUGUUGUAUAGGAAAUUGUCUUAUCCUUUAUAUCCUACUUAUAUUUUGUCAAAUCUGAAAAGUAGUUAAGUUCUCAUACCUAGUCCCAAAGGGUGGUGGUACAAUAGAGUAACUCUGGAUGUUGGAGAUGGAUGAAAGUGAUUACAGACGGUAUUUUGGCUAGGCUGAAGCCGUAAGAUACAGACUAUUAACUACUAAGCAGAUAGUAUGAACAAGAUCAAUUAAGUGAAUCUGUUGCAUCAUGUUCACAAUUUUUGUUUGUGCCUCUGCUUUGGCAGUUGGGAAAACUAAAGGUGAUGUCAACAUACCAUCACUAUGAUAAUAGUGAGUAAAUGCAUUGAAUGCAUGAGGGGGAGAAUUCAAUUUGUUCUCCUGGGUAUGAAUUGAAUGCAUGUUGCAAGUUUAGGGAGAUAUCUUUGGAGAGUGUUUUCAAAACUAUCAAUUAAAAAAUUGAUUUUAUAUUGCAA